AUGGCAGAAGAUAUUGAAGAAGAGGAAGGAGGAGUCUACUUGGGGGUGUACGAAGGUGGAAGGAAUGAAAAAGGCGAGCGCCAUGGUUUCGGGAAAGCUAUUUUACCUAAUCGCGAUACCUACGAAGGAAUGUAUGAGAACGGACUUAGAUCGGGAAAGGGCUACUACCUUUUUAAAAAUGGUGCUCGUUACUUAGGUGAAUACUUAGAAAAUCGCAAGCACGGUCAAGGCACAUUUUACUAUCCAGAUGGUUCUCGAUACGAAGGCUAUUGGGUAGAAGACAAAAGAAAUGGAUAUGGCACCUACUAUUAUAUUAAUGGUGACAUUUACGAGGGCGAAUGGCGCAACCAUCUUCGUCAUGGAGCGGGAACAUACACCUUUUCAGCGACUGGUUGCAAGUACAUUGGUGUUUGGAGAAAUGACAUUAUGGAUGGUUCCGGUGAAGUAGUCAACGAAAAGUAUCGCUUUAUUGGUACUUGGCGAAAGGGAAAGCUUUUCGGAAAAGGAAAAUACGUUUUCGAUAAGUUAAUUUGUCAACAAGUUGGUGAUUAUCUCAUUUUGCCCGGACAACCUGAGGAGAAGAGAAAGGAAGACGGUGACGACUUUCAAGUUUCUCGCUGGCGAGCUGUGGGCAUUGAAAAAACUAUGGCCGAUGAGCCCGAUGAAACUGAAGUAGACGUUGCAUAUCGGCGCAGCUGCUGUGGUAAUUUUGACAAUGGAGACAUCAUUUGUAGGCGAUGCAGUGACCAAGUCACAUUCCCAGAGGUGCGAAUUCCAGUUGAGAUGUCGUCAAUUUGGGUGAAGCAAAUGCCAACUCUGGCUGGCACCCACUGGUCUCAGCACAUGGCCAAGCGUAGCAAGUUCAAGAGUGCGUGCUCGGGUCACAAUGUCACCAGUUGA